ACAUGAGAUACGGUUCUAAGGCUGGUUGGAUUUCAACCCGCGCCUUUAGUUCUGUAAUACCACAACGUGGAAAUAUAGCCUUCACAUCACCAUUGGCACACAUACCCCUUUGGCGUCUGGACACCCGUUACUCCCUCUCGCAAAAUCGGACGAUGGCUAGCGCAAAGUCUAUCCAGUUAUCCGUGGAGGAUUCUGGAGUUUUCAGCUCCAAUCCCAGGGCAGAUUCCGCGAAAAAAGCGAGCCAGCUACUGCAAGAGGAUAUGAAAUCCCAUCAUAUAUUUUUCAAUGAUUCUGGGUUUCAUAACCACACCGUCCAUCAUGUUUUGUCCAUUUUUGCGCUGGGCGCCUCUCCCGAGAACAUUCAAUCCGCAUAUGAUCGGGCGGCAGAGUAUCAACGCCCCGCCCGUCCGGUGAAUGAGGAUAUUGUCAAGAAGCUGAGCAAUAGAGACGAGUUCAAAGCUUUGGCGGGCACAAGAGAAGCGUAUCCUCAUUUUUUGGAGUUCUUCCAACGAGAGAUCGAAGCCAGAGGCACCGAGGCUGUUGUUAAUGAGUAUAUCUUCGCAGGCGACGAGUUUGCCGAUGAUAUGCUUGCGAGAACUUUUGGAGGCUUGGUUCAUCCGUUCAUUCACUUGGGCUUUGCUCUGGAGUUUAAACAACCAGCACUUGUUGCUCAGGCCCUUGCGCAAACAGCUGUCCAUGAACCGAACAUGAAGGGUUUUUUAAUGUCUGCCGAGAAGCAAGCCGGCGGUGUUGGACAGACCGGGAAGAAAACUUUGAUUGAACUUCAAGCUGAGUGCCGUGCCGACCCACGUGUGCGGGAUUCGGCUCACUGGUCCGAUACAAACAAAUUCUUCGAUGGAGUCUUGAAGAGGGCUCCAGAAGAAAUGGCUAAAAUUGCCGGUGAAUUCACUGUUGGACCCGACCAAAUAGAAGAACGGGUUGCAGAAUUGAUCAAUGCUGUGGUCUAUUACACUGGAGCGGCGCAAAAUCCCCCAAAGAAGAUUAAAUUUGACUUCUUCUAUAUUCAUUGCGUCAAUAGCGCUAUUUUCCUACCAGUUUUCCUAGCUUUCCCAUGGAUAAGCCGACAUAAUAAACAGCGAUUGUUGGAAUGGAAAGGUCGCAUGGACUUGCUCACAUACGUCUCUCGAGGCGACGUUGAGCCUCGUAUUAACGAGAUCACUGACUACAAGCCGGUUAGGUCGUGGCACGAAGUGUUCACAACGGCAUUUGUAAAUAAAAAAGAAGACGGCCAUGCUGCUAAACUGAUGCGAACAUUGGCCUAUGCGGAGAAAGCCUGCAAGCGUUAUGAGAAUAAGGAUGGCUUCCUGGUCAAAGGUGAUAUGUGGCUCAAGUUAGGCAAUAUGGUUGCCGAUUCCAUCCAGGGCCCAGAACGAUUGUGGGUUAUGUCAACUGGGUUCCCUGAAGCAUGGGAAGAUAUCCCAGACCGCCCACGGCUCUAGAUUGGCGCUACCAUGAUGGGCCUAGAUUUUAACUGUGGACCCGAAUAAUUCUUGUUGUCAUUAUUUAUUGUGAUUUGUGAAUUCCCUCAAUGGAAAACGGGGUAUGUAUAUAUGUGGGAAGUAUUUUGCAACCUAAAUUGUCAUAUAUCGGUUUAAGCAAAUGAAGCUCGCUCAAUUUGCCA